GGCCCUCUCCAUGGAUAUAGACACAGACUAUGAGCGGCCCAAUGUGGAAACCAUUAAAUGUGUGGUGGUAGGGGAUAAUGCAGUAGGCAAGACCAGGCUAAUCUGUGCCCGGGCCUGCAACGCCACCCUCACACAGUAUCAGCUGCUCGCCACCCACGUGCCAACCGUCUGGGCCAUCGACCAGUACCGUGUAUGCCAGGAGGUGUUAGAGAGAUCUCGUGAUGUAGUGGAUGAGGUCAGCGUGUCCCUGAGGCUGUGGGACACAUUCGGGGAUCAUCACAAAGACAGACGAUUUGCCUAUGGCAGGUCUGACGUAGUGGUGCUUUGCUUCUCCCUGGCUAAUCCCAACUCCCUGCGCCACGUACGCACCAUGUGGUUCCCGGAGAUCAAGCACUUUUGUCCCCGGACGCCCAUCAUUCUGGUUGGCUGCCAGCUGGAUCUGCGCUAUGCCGACCUGGAUGCAGUUAACCGCGCACGACGACCCCUAGCCAAACCCAUCAAACCUACCGACAUCCUUCCCCCAGAGAGAGGCCACGAGGUGGCGAAGGAACUUGGGAUCCCCUACUACGAGACCAGCAUCGUUGCCCAGUUUGGAGUCAAAGAUGUCUUUGACAAUGCCAUCCGAGCCGCCCUCAUCUCCCGUCGGCACCUGCAGUUCUGGAAGUCCCACCUGAAAAGGGUCCAGAGGCCCCUCCUCCAGGCGCCGUUCCUGCCUCCUCGCCCACCUCGCCCCAUAGUGGGCAUCCCAGACCCCCCUCCCGCAGACGGCGAGGGCCCUGAUUCCCUUUUCUGCCAGCCACUGUGUACAGACGUCCUUUUCCUUCUGCAGGGUGGUGCCACUCGCGUAUUUGCACACAAAGUAUAUCUGGCUACUUCCUGCUCCAAGUUCUACGACCUCUUCACCCUUGAUCUCGGUGGAUCAGGCCCGGUGCCGCGGGGGGAGGAACAGGAGAGCAAGGAAAACUUGGAGAGCGGGGAGGAAGAUGAGCAGAGCAGGAGAGGAGCCAAGGAGCAAGCCGGGCGCACCAAGAGCCUGGACAUUGAUAAAGACGGAGUUGAUGGAGGAGUGCGGGGCCUGAAUCGACCCCAGCUGCUCCAGCAGGGAUCUUUGAGGACUUCCCAGAGUGAUAAUGCGCUCCCCUCUCGAGCCCACUACUCUCUGGGUGCAAUGGGGACUGGUCGAGCACUUUCAGGAUGGGGAAGGGGGUUCCUGAGUGUGUGUCUGGAGCAUGUCGAUGAUCCCAUGACCGGACGACCACGACUCAUGACUGUGGUAGCCAUGGACGCGCUUAUACAGGAAGAACCAUUUAAGGCGGUGCUUCAGUACCUGUACACGGGCAGCCUGGACGAGGGCCGAGGAGAUCUGAUGCAGGUGGCCACCAUCGCGGAGCUGCUCGAGGUGUUUGACCUGCGGAUGAUGGUGGCCAACGUUCUCAACAGAGAGAGCUUCAUGAACCAGGAGAUCACCAAGGCUUUCCACGUCCGCAGAGCCAACCGCAUCAAGGAGUGCCUCAACAAAGGGACCUUUAAUGAUGUGGUGUUCCGACUGGACGAUGGCUGCCUCCCGGCCCACAAGCCCCUGCUCAUCUCCAGCUGCAACUGGAUGGCCGCCAUGUUCCGCGGCUCUUUCAUGGAAAGCUACAUCGAGGAGGUAUCCAUUCCUAACACCAGUACAGCCUGUAUGCGCGGGGUGCUGGAGUUCCUGUACUGCGGUCUGCUGACACCUUGUCCUGGUCUGGAGCCCAUGGAACUUAUUAUUCUCGCCAACCGCCUGUGUUUGCCACGCCUUGUCGCCCUCACAGAACAGCACGCCGUGGAUGAGCUUCUCCAGUCGUCAGCGAAAGGAGGUGACAUUGACGGACAAGUGUUGGCUUACCUCGAGCUUGCACAGUUCCACAAUGGCAAGCAACUAUCAGCUUGGUGUCUCCACCACAUCUGCACUAAUUAUAACAGCAUCUGCCGCAAGUUUCCCAAAGACAUGAAGGUCAUGUCUCCAGACAACCAGAGGCACUUUGAGAAGCAGCGCUGGCCUCCCGUGUGGUUCCUGAAGGAAGAGGACCGCUACCUGCGCUCUCAGAAGGAGCGCGAGCGCGAGGAGGAGAUCUUGCGCAAGCAGCACACCAAACGGGGCUGGUGUUUCUGGAGACACCCGUCCUCCUCUCCGCACGUCUCCUAAAGAGGUUUCCUCCACCGGCUUCUUCUUCAUCCUGACCUGGGUCGUCCCACCCAGGAUAACUAACCCCCCCCCCCCUGUUACACGUAUAGAGGAGCUCCUCUAUCAAGUGGAGAAAUGACUUAUCAGUGCUACUACGCCUGAAUGUCAGCAUGUUUGGGGGAAUGUAUGUGCCUCUUUAUAAUUGUGGGUGACUUCAUGAGUGCAUUUGGGUAUGCCUGUGUGGACUUAACUGAAGGGUAUGUGCGUGGACGUGAGUGUAUGUUUGCAGUUGGUGUGAUUGAGUGAUGCUUCCGAGUUGAGUGCUUCCCAGACGCCCUGAUCUUUUAGGGCAUGCAGCGUCGCAGUGCAGCCCCCUCGUCCCAUCCACAAGAGCUCUGUCCCUCCACCAGCACUCACAGUGUCCCAGCCUUUGAGUGAUUGGACUGGGAGCAAGGGCUCUCUAUCUCUCUCAGUCUCCUUCCUUCACAUUGACCUUAAUGACUAUUACACAUUGACCACUGCAGCUCCUCUCGGGGAGCUUACCUCUGCCUUCACUUCUACGCAGACUGUUAGCUCGCACACACAGACCCAUCCCUCUAAAAACCAGCACUGGAUUCCCAGGAACUGAUACUUAACAAUGUCAUUAUUUUGAUAUUAUUUGACCUUUUUCUAUAUAUAUUUUUUUGCGCCUUCUAAGAUACUCUUAUCAGGGGAAAUGGCGCACACUACACCCAGGAAGUGUUGAGAUUGCCAUUGCAACGAUGGGACUGUUAACCUAGAGCCCAGGAUUGGGUGUAAGGGUUACCUUAAAACCGUUUGCAAGUUGGGAUGCUCCAGUCGGGAGGCUUGAUCCUAACUAUUAGCCUCCAGUCUUGUAAUGAAGUGGUCCUUGGUGUGCAUCAUCCACCCCUGCACCUCCCACCCCCUCCUCCUGCACACCACACGUGCAAAAGCAAAACACAGUUGGAGUUGGAUUCACCAAUCUGCACCUCAGAGACAUUUAAAGUGACCACUCUGCAGCAACGAUGGGGUAAAGAGGGCUAGCCUUACUUGAUACCUCUGCCAUUGAGGAAUGAUGGAUGCAGUAUUAAACAAAAGAUGCGCUUGUAACGUCCAUGACCACUCGGUUGCAUUAUAGCACCUCAGCCAGCCUGCCUUUACACCCCUACACCACUAGGGGCAGCACCGCUCAGGGCCCCGGCACUAAACCUUCACACUAACUAACAUUAGUUGUUGUGCCUGUGAUUGCUUCACUCUCGUUUUCAGUUAUUAAGAUCAGUAUAACUUCAAUCCAUGCAGUGUUAGGAGAAAGCACAGUGUUAUUGGUGUAUUGAAAAGCGGACUGUACCUGAUUUUCACCUAAUUCUGAAUACCAAAGCUGUGACUCUUCUGAUCUCUCUCUUCCUCACUUUCUUCAUUUCUGCUUCCCUGCUUCCUGUAUUGGUAAGAGGGGGUGGAGGAGAAAAGAGGAAGUAGUAGGAAGUGUGAUAUGAUAUUUGAGUCCCUCCUCGUUUUCAGUCUGCGGUGUCGGGAGAAGAGUGUCACCGCUGGACAUUGCCUUCCAUUCCUCUGGCUGGAAUUGAAAAUGGUGCUUAAGACACAAUAAGACAGUGUCCACAUGAACACAGAGGCACACAUUUAUGUUCACAGUUAAAGCGUCUGUUUAGCCGUUUAGUGUUUACCUGCGAUGGACGUGCAGAGUAUUAAUGAUGGUAUUCAAAUUUGACACAUUUUUUUAAACCUUAAUUUGUUUUCUGCGUAUUCUGCUAACAGUCUGUAAGAGGUCGUAAUAGGUCAAUGAUUUUAAGAAUGUGUAGAUUUCUGAUUUUACGUACAGUGGUUACAACUUUGUAAAACUGCUUCCUUGUUAACCAGGAAAAUCACUUUAGAUUGAAUUUGCAAAUCCUGAGUGUCGUCUCAAAGGAUUCGAUGUAUGUGAGAGCAAAUCUGAUUUCCUCGUCAAGGGGUGCUAAUUUUGUUGGGCUUUAGCACUGAAUGUGAAAACGAGACUUUGUGGUUUUCUAUUAGCACGUUUGUUCUAUUUGUGGGUUUGCGCCCCUCAGCUUUACCCAGGCACCUGCAGGAAAUAGAUGGAUUGUGUGAGACACGUGGCGCAUGCUGCCGUUCCUCCACGGGGCGGCGCGUUAAAGUCAUUGUCGGCUACCGAAAUAGAAUUCAGACGGGAUCUCACGAGACCCAAGUGUGAAUUGAGCUGAUUCCUCUCUGAGAAGAGUGAAAGUGGAGUAAAAGUGAACAUGCAUUACGUGCAGCCUACAUAAUUUGGAAUUACUCCACGGAUGUUUCAAACCCAUCCCAGUGCGGUGCUUUGGGAGUUUAGAAUCAAGACCCAAAGGGGAGAAAGUUGUUUUUUGAUGGACUUCCAUGGCCUCCUUUUAGUUCCCCAUAGAAGAGAUGGCCAUUAGAUUUGUCUUACUGAUGGUUGGUAUGACCCAUUAAGCCUCUGCUCUUGGUCCGUGUGCCUUAUAGUUGGACAAAACGAAAAACUAGAUUGGGAUUUUAGCAACAUCCUGCAGACAGGUUCUGCAUGAUGGACACAGUAGAUAACGGCCAUGAUCGUGUUAGAACUGUAAAAUGGAUUAUGGUUUUGCUUUAUGCACUCUCAACCAUUAUCCUUUUGAGCCAAUUGGAGUCAUGCCUGUGGAGAAUCUUUAAGCCUGCUGCUUGUUUUUAUGCAGACAAACGGCCUUAAAUGAAACACUUUGUAGGGUGUAGUACAGUAGGUUGGUCUAAUCACACGGCCUUUGAUUAGUAUGUUUUCUAGAGUGGUGAUUAUUUGGAUGUAGAAGUACUCACACCGUGGUUGGAAAUCUCCACCGACCAGGUGAUUGAGAGGUAGCGAUUAAAUUGACUAACAGGUUGAUUCCUGUACUGUAACUUCAGAACCACUGACUUUGAGAAAGCAAAGCUUUUUAGCAAGCACUGGCUGGCCUGUGUGCUGGGAGAGUGCAACCAUUGUUGAAACGUGGUUCAUUUGCAUGGUGGCCUAACUUUGUCAUUAUAAUGACACUUUGGUGUUGGAAUGUUUCUUUAUUUUUUUUUGUCUAUACCUUUCUUUGCUUAGCAUGAAUUGUUCCUUAUGUAAGAUUGUUUUUAAACCUGAUGAUUGUAGCACACACUUAAGUCUUUCAGAAUUUUCCCACAACGUGCUCAGCGAGGAGCUGAAUAACACGACUCGUCCAGCUUCUUGUUUAACGUCUAUAGUUGGCACUGAAACCCCACAGUAGCUCUCUUCUUCUUCUUGCUAUGUGGCUUUAUGCACAACUCAGUUUUACUAAAUAAACUCAGCACAGCUCGAGGUAGCAUCGCUAAUUCUACAACUUUAAAUAAUAUGCUGGGACAUUUGCUUGAAAAAAGGAAUGCAGAAUCUGUCCCGUUUAUGCUGUUACUGUAGUUACUACAAUCAAUCAAGCUUAAUCUUGUGAUUUUUAAGAUAUUGGGUUCAGGGUAUAAAUCAUAUAAAGCUAAAUUUAAAUCAAGUAUUGUAAUGCAUAUAUUUUAAGAAUGUCCUAAAUGGCUGAAAGCCAAGUGUAAUGUUUGGGUUCAGCCUUUACUGUGUGUAAUGACAGAGGAAGUGGUUAAAGCAUGAUGCAUGUUUCUGGUCUGGGUUUAGACAGACCCUAUCUGGGGUCACUUGGUAUGCAAAUGGGGUGAUGGGAAAUUUCUAAAACUGAAAUAAUAAUAUUUAAUAAGUUAAAUACUGUCAGCUGUCAUAAUCACUAUCAUAUUUAUUUGGAUAUUUGAACCUCCAGUUCAUGACAAAUUGUCUCUAAUUAUUGGUGUAAAUUCAGAAUUGUGGGAAAAAGAAAUAGUCAUGGACCAGAAAAGGUUGAGAAACCCUAAACAGAUAAUCGUUAGUUUAUUCAGCCCUUAAUAUUUGCUCCAUGCUGACCCCUACAGGCCAAAGUCACAUUCUGCUAUAGGAUGGAUUUUCUUGUUCUAUCUUAUCACAUCCCUUUUUACUGUCACAUCCUCUCAUUUAUUUUAAGUGGAGCUUUUCUUCCUUCUUAGCAGGCCUGACCUUCCUUGUUUAAAUGUGAGGCCGAGUGACCGAGAAGAGAACACCUUGUUUUUUUUAGUCUUCGGUGUCUCCUUUCCUGUGCCUUCAGUGAAAUGUCACUCUUUUGGCUCCGUACAGGCUGGCGGCACUGACUGCACCUGCAGCCUUCUGGGCAUAAAAAUAACGUUGAUUAACUAAGCCAAGAAACACACACACACACACACACACACACACACACACACACACAGAAGUGAGCACAGAAAUACAAGUAGGCAGCUUUCUUUAAUGUACAGUAUCUUAGCAUAGUUAACUGGCUAUUUGGUUCACAGCGUUAACUGCCUAUGAUAACACAGAUAUGGAGCUUUACAAUAUCAUCUAUGCUAAAGCGACUUAAAUUAUGAAAUGACCAAGAAACCCAGCAAACCAGCAGUUUAAAAAAAAAAAAAAAUGUUUUUGCACUCUUUCAGGUGCCUGCACUUUCUAUUAUGUAGCCUAAUACAACUUUUUUGAUAAGUAUGCGCUAAGUCUUUAUAUUUACCAGUUUUCUUGAUCAAAAUUAAAAUAUCUUUUCCACUUUCUCGUUUCUCUCUAAGCCAAAUUCAAUAGUAUCGCUUCCACUAUUUAGCUGCGAUGCACUAUGCUGCAAUCAUGCAUUAAGUCAGUGUAUUCUAAGUUGGGGAACAGCAUCUGUGGACUACUGGCUGGAUAUUAGCUGCGACAACUAUAUAUAUUAUGCUUUAAUGAAGAUAGUUGUUAUCCAAAGUACAGUACAGUGUUGUAAAUUUAAGUCCCAGCUGGAAUUAACCUCUCACCUUAUAACUGCUCACCACUGUAUUUACUAAGCUGGUGUAUACGUAGGACUGUAUGCACAGAGAGGCCCAGGACAGGGAGAGUGUUUAUAUAGACAUACAUGGUGUGAUUAACCCCUGGUCUAUACUGUCAUUUUUUAAGUGGAUCGUAUAUACUGUAUAGUAUUGUUAUGCACUUUUGUUUCCAUUGACUCAUAUUAUGAGUUUUAUUAACAUUUACUGCUCAUGUUAUUGUGUGUAUUACAGUAAAAGGCAAAAGAAAGAGCACACCACACUCACAAACUAUUAAGGGCUUUCAAGAAAAAAUACACAACAAUCAGAAUGUUUUGCUGCUGUUGCAAAAAAAAAAGUUUUGAAACUAAAAAUUUGUAAUAUUUUUUGAACCACUGUGAUUUGUACAAAAUUUUAAAAAAAAAGUAGAAAAAAGUUUUAUCCUUUUUUUGCCAUUUCAGUAUUUUGAUGUUUGACAUGGAUUUUAUUAAAACUGUUAAUCUUUU